UCUUCUUUUGACCUUGUGCAGUGGCCCCUCCACGCCAGACGGUGAUGCAGCCAGUCAGAAUGCUUGCCAAGGCGAUCAGUCCCCCAGCCCUUCCCAGGACCCCGUGGGCUCCCCCGACGCCAGCGAGGGGUCCCCGUGCGACUGGCCCCUGGAAGCCGAGAUGUCGGACCCUCACGGAUCACCGGGCAGUGCCGCGGCCGCCCAACGGAGGCGCCUCCAGCACGGUCGGAGCAAGUCGCAGGGGGGCUCCACGGGGAACCGAGCACCCCGCGCCCUCUACUGCCUCAACCUGAACAACCCGAUCCGGAGAGCCUGCAUCAGCCUCGUCGAGUGGAAGACUUUCGACAUCCUAAUCCUUCUGACUAUUUUUGCUAACUGUGUGGCCCUUGCCGUUCACAUCCCCUUCCCCGAGGAUGACUCCAACAAUGUCAACCACACCCUGGAGCAGGUGGAGUACAUCUUCCUGAUCGUGUUCACGGUGGAGACCUUCCUGAAGAUCGUCGCCUACGGUCUGGUCAUGCACCCCACGGCCUACGUGAGGAACGGCUGGAACCUGCUGGAUUUCGUCAUUGUCAUCGUCGGGUUAUUCAGCGUUACCCUGGAGAAAGUGACUCACACCCCGGGGCAGAGCCACCACUUGGCGGGAAAGGCCGGAGGCUUCGACGUCAAGGCCCUGCGCGCUUUCCGGGUGCUGCGACCCCUCCGCCUGGUCUCGGGGGUCCCCAGCCUGCAGAUCGUACUGAACUCCAUCAUGAAGGCCAUGGUGCCCCUCCUCCACAUCGCACUACUGGUGCUCUUCGUCAUCAUUAUCUACGCCAUCAUCGGCCUCGAGCUCUUCAUCGGCAGGCUGCACAAGACCUGCUACUACAUUGGACAGGAUAUGCUGGCGGAGGAGGAUCCACUGCCCUGCGCCUUCUCCGGUAACGGGAGGCAGUGCACGAUCAACGGGACGGAGUGCCGGGGGCGCUGGGAGGGUCCCAACGGCGGCAUCACCAACUUCGACAACUUCUUCUUCGCCAUGCUGACUGUCUUCCAGUGUAUCACCAUGGAGGGGUGGACCGACGUCCUGUACUGGACACAAGAUGCCAUGGGUUACGAACUGCCCUGGGUUUAUUUCGUCAGCCUUGUCAUCUUUGGCUCGUUUUUCGUCCUCAACCUGGUGCUGGGAGUGUUGAGUGGGGAGUUCUCCAAGGAGCGAGAGAAGGCGAAGGCGCGUGGGGACUUCCAGAAGCUGAGGGAGCGCCAGCAGAUGGAGGAGGACCUCAAGGGUUACCUGGACUGGAUCACCCAGGCGGAGGACAUCGACCCUGACGAGGAGGACCAGGAGGCAGGAGGGAAGCACAAACGUGUUACCAUGGUGGAUCUUGCCAACAAGAAGCGAGGCAAGCUGGGAUGGUUCAGUUCCUCCAAUGAGACCCACACUAGUCUCCCCGCCAGCGAAACAGCAUCAAUCAAUACUGACCUCGGCGCUGAGGAGGAGCAGGCGGGGUGUUGUACAGUAAUACUAGCAAAACUGUCAAAGACACGGAUCUGCAAGCGCCUGCGCCGGUGGAACAGGCACUGCCGUCGGCACUGCCGGGCGGCCGUGAAGUCCGUCACCUUCUACUGGAUCGUGCUGCUGCUGGUCUUCCUCAACACGGCCACCAUCGCCUCUGAGCACCACAACCAGCCCGAGUGGCUUACCCAGGUUCACGACAUCGCCAACAAGGUGUUGCUGUCGCUGUUCACGGCCGAGAUGUUGCUGAAGUUAUACAGCCUGGGGCUCGAGGCCUACUUCCUCUCCUUCUUCAACCGCUUCGACUGUUUCGUGGUGUGCGGGGGCAUCGCCGAGACAGUCCUGGUCGAAUUCCAGAUCAUGCCCCCCCUCGGUAUCUCCGUGCUCCGCUGUGUCCGCCUCCUCCGCAUCUUUAAGGUGACCAGGCACUGGGCGGCCCUGAGCAACCUGGUGGCAUCGCUGCUGAACUCCAUGAAGUCCAUCGUCUCUCUGCUGCUUCUCCUCUUCCUCUUCAUCAUCAUCUUCUCCCUGCUCGGCAUGCAAGUGUUCGGCGGCAAGUUCAACUUCGACGACACUCAAACCAAGCGCAGCACCUUCGACACCUUCCCACAGGCCCUGCUCACCGUCUUCCAGAUCCUGACGGGCGAAGACUGGAACGUGGUGAUGUACGACGGCAUCAUGGCCUUCGGGGGGCCUUACUUCCCCGGCAUGUUGGUGUCCAUCUACUUCAUCAUCCUCUUCAUCUGUGGGAACUACAUCUUGUUAAACGUCUUCUUGGCCAUCGCCGUGGAUAAUCUGGCUGACGCAGACGGAGGGUCGAACCAGAAGGAGAAGAAGUCUCGCAAGGAGAGCUCGAACAGCACAGAUCUGGGCAAAGGGCAGGAGCACGUCAAGGUUCCGUGCGGCGACUCAGAAGCCGGAGUGAAUACCAGUGACGCUGAAGGUGAGGACGCAAGGCCCGGCGAGGACGAGGAGGAGACCGAGGAGGAGCGGGCGGAGAGUUUGGUGGGGUCCGCUGCCGACCAGCUGUCCAGCUUCGUCCCCCCCAAGGAGAAGAUUGUCCCCAUUCCGGCCGGAAGCGCCUUCUUCAUCCUGAGUUCUACCAACCCGAUCCGAGUCGCUUGUCAUCGCCUGAUCCAUCACCACAUCUUCACAAACCUCAUCCUGGUCUUCAUCAUCUUCAGCAGCGUCUCGCUGGCAGCCGAGGACCCCAUCCGCGCGCACUCCUUCCGCAACCACGUGCUGGGAUACUUUGACUACGCCUUCACCUCCAUUUUCACCGUGGAGAUCCUGUUUAAGAUGGUGACAUUUGGAGCCUUUAUGCAUCAGGGCUCGUUCUGCAGGAACGCCUUCAAUCUGUUGGAUCUGCUGGUGGUUAGCGUGUCCCUCAUCUCCUUCUGGCUACAUUCCUCUCUCUGUUCCUCCUGCUCUUUCACUCAUUCUCUCCCUCUCAUACUCUCCUCUCUCUCUCUCUCACUCUCUCUCUCUCUGACCCAGCACGUAGUCCAGUGUGUCUUUGUGGCCAUUAAAACCAUUGGGAACAUAAUGAUUGUCACAACCCUGCUGCAGUUCAUGUUUGCCUGCAUUGGGGUCCAGCUGUUUAAGGGUAAAUUUUAUCGUUGUACGGACGAGGCCAAGCACACGCCAGAGGAGUGCAAGGGCACCUUCAUUGUGUUCAAGGACGGGGACGUGACUCAGCCCAUGGUCCGGCAGCGAGUCUGGCAUAACAACGACUUCACCUUCGACAGCGUGCUGGCCGGAAUGAUGGCCCUCUUCACCGUCUCCACCUUCGAGGGGUGGCCGGCUCUCCUGUACCGCGCCAUUGACGCCAACGCGGAGGACGUGGGUCCCAUCUACAACCACCGGGUGGAGAUCUCCAUCUUCUUCAUCGUCUACAUCAUCAUCAUCGCCUUCUUCAUGAUGAACAUCUUCGUGGGCUUCGUCAUCAUCACCUUCCGCGAGCAGGGAGAGAAGGAAUACCAGAACUGCGAGCUCGACAAGAAUCAGAGGCAGUGUGUGGAAUACGCCAUGAAGGCACAGCCUCUGCUCCUCUACAUCCCGAAGAACCGCUACCAGUACAAGGUGUGGUACAUGGUGAACAGUACCGGCUUCGAGUACAUCAUGUUUGUCCUCAUCCUGCUCAACACCAUCACCCUGGCUAUGCAGCACUACGAGCAGUCCGACCCGUUUAACUACGCCAUGGACAUCUUAAACAUGGUCUUCACUGGCCUCUUCACCGUGGAGAUGUUGCUGAAGAUCAUCGCCUUCAAGCCCAGGCAUUACUUUGUUGAUGCCUGGAACACCUUUGACGCCUUGAUCGUGGUGGGAAGUGUCGUAGAUAUCGCAGUUACUGAGAUCAAUAACGGCGGGCACCUCGGGGAGAGUUCGGAGGACAGUUCGCGCAUCUCUAUCACCUUCUUCCGCCUCUUCCGGGUGAUGCGACUGGUUAAGCUUCUCAGCAAGGGCGAAGGGAUCCGCACCCUCCUCUGGACCUUCAUCAAGUCCUUCCAGGCCCUCCCGUAUGUCGCUCUGUUAAUCGCCAUGAUUUUCUUCAUCUACGCAGUGAUCGGAAUGCAGACCUUCGGGAAGAUCGCCUUACAGGAGAACACAGCAAUUAACAUGAACAACAACUUUCAGACGUUCCCCCAGGCCGUCCUUCUCCUCUUCAGGUGCGCCACGGGGGAGGCCUGGCAGGAGAUCAUGCUGGCGAGUCUUCCAGGCAAAAGGUGCGACCCAGAGUCCGACUUUGCUCCGGGGGAGGAGUUCACCUGUGGGAGUAACUUCGCCAUCAUCUAUUUCAUCAGCUUCUUCAUGCUGUGUGCGUUCCUGAUCAUCAACCUCUUCGUGGCAGUCAUCAUGGACAACUUUGACUAUCUGACCCGCGACUGGUCCAUCCUGGGCCCCCACCACCUGGACGAGUUCAAGAGGAUCUGGUCCGAGUACGACCCCGAGGCAAAGGGCCGGAUCAAGCACCUGGACGUGGUGACGCUUCUCCGGAGGAUCCAGCCCCCGCUCGGAUUCGGGAAGCUGUGUCCCCACCGGGUGGCCUGCAAGAGACUGGUUGCCAUGAACAUGCCCUUAAUCGACGGGACCGUCUCGUUCAAUGCCACCCUCUUUGCCCUGGUCAGGACAGCACUGAAGAUCAAAACCGAAGGUAACCUGGAGCAGGCAAACGCUGAGCUAAGGGCCGUGAUCCGAAAGAUUUGGAAACGCACCAAGCCCAAGGUCCUGGACGAGAUCAUCCCGCCGCCUGAAGAUGAGGAAGUUACCGUUGGGAAGUUCUACGCCACCUUCCUGACAGAUUACUUCCGGAAGUUCAGGAAGAGGAAGGAGAAGGGAAUGCUGAGCCACUCCGAGCUCUGCAACUCGACGACGCUACAGGCUGGUCUGCGGACUCUGCAGGACAUUGGACCGGAGAUACGCCGGGCAAUAUCGUGUGACCUCCAGGAGGAGAUGGAAGAGGAGGAGAUACACGAGGAGGAUGCUCCCUACCAGGACUUGCAGAGGCGGUGUUCCCAGAUCUCCGCAGACUCCGCGCACUCCGUCAUCAGCCUGGCUUGUGCCAACGCCGGGAGCGAGGCCGCCGCCCACCAUAUUGGCAGUGGCUCCCCGCCUAAGGAGGGGCAGGCUGGAGACCACGAGGGGAACGACAAGGAGCCUCUGAACAGCCCCAACAGGAGGGGAAGCGUCAGCAGCUCCGCGAGGGAUUCCUCAGCGAAGGACGUCCCGCCGAUUCUGCGGAAAGAGGAUCCAGCUCCAGCGGAGGGAUCGGUGGAGGACCACCUCUCCGGUGAGCAGGGUUACUACAGUCGGGAUGAGGACAACGAGAGCGAGGCAUCCAGGGAGAGGUGA